GAAAAGAUAAAGGAUAAAGCAAGCUGAACAACCAUCUAAAAACGAACACAACAGCCUAAGAGCAAGAGACCUACCCGCUCUCUUUCUCUCACCUAAUCCGCCAUUGAUAAGAGCUUCUACUUACUCUCCAUUUUAAGAAGCUAAUAAUGCCAGUCUCUCUCCAAUUCUUAACCUCUACUUCUUCUUCCACCACCUCAUUUUCCUUCAUUAUUGGUCUCUUUCGUUACCCAUCACUAUUUUCCUCUAAUUUGUCGGCUACUCCUUUUCAAUUUCAUCAUCAUCAUCUUUCUCUUCAAAACCAAAGUAAUCAGUAUACCUCGAAUUGCAGCAGUAAUGGAGGCGGCGGAACCCUUUUAUGCAGAAGUUAUAAGAAAUGGAAUUUUAACGAACUAUCCAAAACCCUUCACAGUUCCGGAUUUAGGUCGAAGGAUACGGUUGACUUUCGUCGAAAUCUGUCGACUUUCUCGGCGGGUUCUGAUGAUUAUAGUCCUAGCAAUAGCAGUGGUGAUCCCUUUAAAGAAGCUGAUGAAGCCGACAGCGAUGCGGAAGAGGAAGACCAGGCUUUGAAUUUCCCUGAAGUUGAUCGUUGGGAUGUUUUGGGUUUAGGCCAAGCUAUGGUCGACUUUUCAGGAGUUAUUGAUGAUGAAUUUCUUGAGAGAUUGGAUUUAGAAAAGGGAACAAGGAAGCUUGUAAACCAUGAGGAAAGAGGUGAAGUGUUGAGUGCAAUGGAUGGUUGUAGCUAUAAAGCUGCCGCUGGUGGAUCGUUGUCCAACAGCCUAGUUGCUCUUGCUAGGCUUGGCAGUCUUCCUGUUGGAGGGCAUAAACUAAAUGUAGCCAUGGCAGGCAGUGUUGGUAGCGAUCCAUUGGGUGGGUUCUACAGGGCCAAAUUGCGUAGGGCAAGUGUGAAUUUUCUUUCUGCACCAAUUAAAGACGGCACAACCGGGACAGUGAUAGUUCUUACAACUCCUGAUGCCCAGCGCACAAUGCUUGCAUAUCAGGGCACGUCAUCCGAAGUUAACUAUGAUCCUGGAUUAUCUGAAGCAGUUUCCAAGACAAAUAUUCUUGUUGUUGAAGGUUAUUUAUUUGAACUUCCACAUACUAUUAAAUCAAUUACAAAAGCAUGCAAGGAUGCACACAGCAACGGAGGUCUUGUUGCUGUUACUGCAUCAGAUGUGUCCUGCAUUGAGAGGCACUAUGACGAUUUCUGGGAAAUAAUCGGGAACUAUGCUGAUAUAAUAUUUGCAAAUAGCGAUGAAGCUAGGGCUUUGUGUAAUUUUUCAUUGUCGGAAAGCCCAAUUUCAGCAGCAAGGUAUUUAAGCCAUUUUGUCCCACUUGUUUCUGUAACGGAUGGCCCCCGAGGAUCCUACAUUGGUGUCAGAGGGGAAGCUAUAUACAUCCCUCCGUCACCUUGUGUACCAAUAGACACAUGUGGAGCAGGAGAUGCAUAUGCUUCCGGGAUUUUAUAUGGUAUAUUACGAGGCGUAUCAGAUCUGAAAGAUAUGGGUGCAUUAGCAGCCAAGAUUGCAGCGGUAGUUGUUGGCCAACAAGGGACUCGACUUAGGGUUCAAGACGCUGUUGAAUUGGCAGAGUCAUUACAUUCUGUCUCGAGGAUUCCUCAAUUCGACUAGAGUUUACUCAUGUUCGUUCAUACCAUGUAUGCCGAACAUAGCGAAUUUUUCAUAUUAGUCCGCUUGUCUAUAUUAAUUUGUAUUCUUCAUUGUAUAUUACUGAUCAUAACUCAAAGAGGAAAAUCACUUUACUUCUUGUUUGCUUCGUUAAAUCCUAGCUUUUCAAGUAA